UUCCCCUCUUCUUUUUUUCCCCCAAACUUUUUCUUUCUCUCUUAUUGCAAACGUCAGCAUUAUGAGCGGUCACUCUGAAGUAGCGGCAGCAGUUAAAAAGACACAGUAUGCUUUUGAUAGAGCAACCGAUACUGAAUAUGUGGGCACAACAAACGAUGGCGUCAGUUUAUACAGCGGCAGUGCAGAUGCAGAUUGGUGUAUUGGCGAUGUGCCUCAUGUAAGUGGUGGUGUAUUAGCGAUUGUGACCGACGCUGUCCUCCGCCACUUUUCCGGCAAGCAUCAAAAAGAUCCUAUCGCAUUGAACUGCUUCUUUAUGCACAAAACUGAAGUCGGCCCAUGCGUUGUUGCCAUUGAGGACCUCAAGACGAGCAAAAAGGGCUACUGGCUUGUCAAGGCAUCGCUUUUGCAGCCUGUGACAGACAAGUCGUAUGUCUUGACCCAUGCCGACGAAUUCGCUUCGAUCGCAUACAAGGAAAAAGUUCAUGCCAUCUUCACCAUGGGUAACAUGGAUACAGAGGAAGGCGUCACUUAUCUCCAUGAACCUUAUCAGCCACCGGAUCGAAGCAUCAUGGAACCGUUUCAGUAUUUCUUUAUGGGCGAUUAUGUUGAGUCGUUGUUGGAUCAGACGGGUACAGCUAAAGACGGCAAGCCGGGUAAACCAGAGUUUAAUCAAUCGAUCAAGUUCAAGGAUGGCCGUGAAACGGAUUUCAAAGCUAUACCUUACUGGUGCGAUAUGUUUAUUCCUCCACCUGGGAUGCUUGGUGAAGAAGUUUUGGGCGGACCGUGCUGGUGCCCGACAAUGCAAUUAGAGGUUCAAUUCAAGCGACGACCUGCAUGCAAAGAAGUGAUUGCUAGUAUCGUUUCUCCGCACAUUAUCAAUGGUCGAUUUGAUGCCAGCGGCGGUAUCUGGGAUCUCGAAGGCAACUUGAUUGCACUGACAAGACAUCAAUGUCUAAUUGUUCCAUGGUCGCGAAACACAAAGCGCGAAAUCAAGCGUCCAAAACUGUAGUUCAUUGUGUAUAUACCGCUAUGUUCCCGUUUCUACCAUGUAUGUUUUUCAUGAUUUUAGUGUAUGUAAUAGACCCAUCCAUUAUCUCCUUAAACGGAUCUACACUUACAGUUGAAUGACCUCAAACGAUCGCCGCUAUCUGAAUAGCAUUUACAGCAAAAGAAGGGGCCGUUGCUUACAAAGUGCAUUUGCUUUAACAAUGUGUAAAAGUGUGGAGAGAGUUAUCGGAGAUGUCUAGAUAAAAAACGGAAGCAAAGAGCAGAGAGUAGGGAAAGAGAGCCCGUGCGUUAGUUUCAUUUACCUGCGGAAUAUAAACCCACUCUCUGAUUGGCGCGGGAAGUUCAAGGUGAUUGGCGAAAGAGCGUACUACAGCUUUACGGGUUGAGUGACGUAGUCCCAAAAAAGCAAGAGU